GAAAAGAUGAUUGUGUUCAACAUAAACAUAGCAAUUUCGACGUGAUAACAUGAAUGAAAAUUGACAGUUUAUACACCAAAAUCUUCGUUUACACUUGGCGAACCAGAAUAGUCAAUUACAUUUUAGUGUUCAACUCAAUUUUAGUAAGUAAAGUUAAUUUCAAAGAUAAGCGAUCACAACGUUACAUCUAACCUAAAGAUGGCGGCCAUUCUUCAACACAAAAACAAAGGGUCACAAAGCCAAGAACAUGUAGUCUCGUAGUCUCGAACCCAAAAUACAUCUUUCCUAGAUUAGUAUAAAAAUUAUGGAAUUGAAAUUUUUACAGUGUUUUCAAUUUGAACAAAUAAAAAAUAUUAGGAAAAAUCUAAAAGAUCUAAAUAAAUAUGAUUUUAAUAUAGCUUGCUAAUAGAUGAGCUAUAAAAGAUCUUCAAGGACUUUUAUAUAACAGCAUUGGUAUCAACCACAUCCAGUCAAUAUCCAAGUAAAUAUAGAUUUAAAAACAAAUUUAUACAAGAAUUAUUAAUUUUAUUAUAGAUUGGUUCAUAAUAUGAACCAAAAUAAUAUAUUUUCAAUUUUAGAAAGUACUGCGCAUUAUAAUCAAAAUCAAGGUCAACGUAUUUUGGUCUGUGAGGUUGGUAUUGGCUUGCAAUUGAUUGAUAUUGAUGCAGGAAGUUCUCGAUUGGUUAUGUUUGUUGUGAUGUAAAAUAAUAAACGUACAGCUACAGUUUAUAAUCCUACCAAAGAACUAAUAUGACUCUUCCUAGCGCAUUAGCAGCUCGAUUAGCGAAACGAGGUCUAAUAAACAAGACAUCUACCAACAAUCCAGAAGAUAAAAAUGGAUCAGGCAACAUCAAUACCAGCGUCUCUGAGGUGGAAGAAGUGAUAGCCGAAGAUUAUGAUGACCAAGAAAAUCAAGGUAAUCUGCUAAAUAAACUCUCUACAAAAUUAGUAGAUUACGAUGUUGAGGAUUUCAUCACUUCUGUUUAUGAAGAGAAAAAGUUUUUGGGAUAUCCAGGGUGUCCAAACAAAUACAAUAUCUACCAUGAAUGUACCAUUGGUUGUAAGGAGUUGUGGAAGGAUGGAAUAUCGGAGCCGGACCCAAAGUACUUGAAACGUAAAACGGCCAUGUUACUCAAAUAUCCAUUACCUAGUCACUGGAAAGAGAUUUACGACCCAGGAACAGGACGACAUUACUACUGGGAGACUGACAGUGAUGCUGUUUCGUGGUUGCCCCCUACCCAUCCCAAAGCAGUCAUCUCUGAAUCAGCGGCGGCACUUAGAGAACAAGAACACUACAAGAAUAACGAUGUCGACAUGGAGAAAGAUGAAAACAAAAGUGAAGGCAGUGAAGAAAGUUCGGACGAGAGUGAAGAUGAAACCACCCAGAUCGACGAAAAGCAACGCAAACGAGAGGCACUUGAAAAGCAGAGAUCAAGAGGAAGAAUGAAGAAGUUGGAAAAUGACCUGGAUCCCAUGGACCCAGCUGCUUAUUCGGAUAUUCCACGGGGGGGCUGGUCGGAUGGACUCGUCAGAGGCAAUGAGGCUAAAACUGGAGCUGAUGUGACUGCUGCUGGACCUCUCUAUCAGAUGCGACCAUAUCCCAACCCUGGAGCAGUAUUAAGGGCUAAUUCAAACAAAAAGCCACCACCGGUUUAAACAUUUCCGCAAGUAUAGUAUUUGGUAUAAGACUAUUUAGUGACAAAAAUGAACUUUUACAACUUGUUCAAAUCCAACUACAAACUCAAGAACAGUGACAGUGUCACAUUUUCAAAAGUAUUUUCUAAUUAAAUACUGAAUGUUUUUCUUUAAAUUAAA